AGUGGUUUAGCCUAGCUGCAGUGAUGCAUUGGUAGCGCAGUGUUCUCCAGUGCUGGAAGCCAUGUGGAAGAGCAGGUUUGAUUCCCAGGGCCAGGCCCUGAAAGCCAGAAACCUAGGCGUUUGGAAAAUGCUCACCGUGGCAGUGUGGAUGGCUCUGCUGGGCUCUCUGCAGGCUCAGGAACUCCAGGGACAUGUCUCCAUAAUCCUGUUGGGAGCAACUGGGGACCUGGCUAAGAAGUACUUGUGGCAGGGGCUGUUCCAGCUGUACCUGGACGAGGCUGGAAAGGGCCACAAUUUUAGUUUCCACGGGGCUGCUCUAACAGCCCCCAAGCAGGGCCAAGAGCUCAUGGCUAAGGCCCUGGAAUCCCUCUCCUGCCCCAAGGACAUGGCACUCAAUCACUGUGCUGAACUCAAGAGUCAGUUCGUGCAACUGAGCCAGUACCACCAGCUGAAGGCGACUGAGGACUAUCAGGCCCUGAGCAAGGACAUCGAGGCACAGGUCCAACGUGAGGGCCUCCGGGAAGCUGGCAGGAUUUUCUACUUCUCGGUGCCAUCCUUCGCCUAUGCAGACAUUGCCCGCAACAUCAACAGCAGCUGCCGUCCAGGCCCAGGCGCUUGGCUGCGGGUUGUCCUUGAGAAACCCUUUGGCCAUGACCACCUCUCAGCCCAGCAGCUGGCCACAGAACUUGGGAGCUUUUUCCAAGAGGAAGAGAUGUUCCGCGUGGACCAUUACUUGGGCAAGCAGGCUGUGGCUCAGAUCCUGCCUUUCCGGGACCAGAACCGCCAGGCUUUGGACCGCAUCUGGAACCGGCACCAUGUGGAGCGGGUAGAGAUCAUCAUGAAGGAGACGGUGGAUGCAGCAGGCCGCACGGGCUUCUAUGAGAAGUAUGGUGUCAUCCGUGAUAUCCUGCAGAACCACUUGACCGAGGUGCUCAGCCUGGUGGCCAUGGAGCUGCCCCCCAACAUCAGCAACUCAGAGGCUGUGCUGCAGCACAAGCUCCAGGUUUUCCAGGCACUGCGGGGCCUGCAGAAGGGCAGCGCCGUCCUGGGCCAGUACCAGGCUUACAGCGAGCAAGUGCGCAGAGAGCUGCAGAAGCCGGACAGCUUCCACAGCCUGACGCCGACCUUCGCAGGCAUUCUUGUCUACAUCGACAACCUUCGCUGGGAGGGCGUUCCUUUCAUCCUGGUGUCGGGCAAAGCCCUGGACGAGAGAGUGGGCUACGUUCGGAUCUUGUUCAAGAACCAGGCUUACUGUGCCCAGAAUGACAAGCACUGGGACACAGCGCAGAGCCAGUGCCUGCCCCAGCAGAUUGUCUUCUACAUCGGACAUGGUGACCUGGGCAGCCCUGCCGUGCUGGUCAGCCGGAAUCUGUUCAGGCCCUUCCUCCCCACCAAGAGCUGGAAGGAAAUGGAGGCGAGACCAGGACUCCGCCUUUUUGGCCACCCCCUGUCCGAUUACCAUGCCUACAGCCCUGUGAGGGAGCAGGAUGCCUACUCCAUCCUCUUGUCACGUAUCUUCCACUGCCAAAAGGAUUCUUUCAUCACCACAGAGAAUUUGCUGGCAUCCUGGGUCUUCUGGACCCCCUUGCUGGAUAGCCUGGCCCACGAGAUCCCACGCCUUUACCCAGGAGGAGCUGAGAAUGGCCAUCUAUUGGACUUUGUAUUCAGCGGCGACCAGUUGUCUUUUUCCCAGCAGCAGGUGGAGCAGCUGGUGCCUGGACCAGGGGCCACCCCGAUGCCCAGGAACUUCCAGGUCCUCAGGGCCACAUACCGCGAGAGCCCACUGAUCUCUGCCUGGCCUGAGGAGCUGGUCUCUAAGCUGGCUAGUGACAUUGAGGCCACAGCAAUGCAGGCAGUACGGCGCUUUGGUAGGUUCCACCUGGCACUCUCGGGUGGCUCAAGCCCUAUCGCUCUGUUCCAGCAGCUGGCCCGGGGACACUAUGGCUUCCCCUGGGCCCACACGCACCUGUGGCUGGUCGAUGAGCGCUGCGUCCCACUCUCAGAUCCAGAUUCAAACUUCCAGGGCCUGCAGGCUCACCUGCUACAGCACAUUAGGGUCCCCUACUACAAUAUCCACCCCAUGCCCGUGCACCUUCACCAGCGGCUGUGCGCCGAGGAGGACCAGGGCACCCAGCUGUACGCCGGGGAAAUCUCAGCCCUGGUCACCAACAGCAGCUUCGACCUGGUGCUGCUCGGUAUGGGCAUCGACGGGCACACAGCCUCCCUCUUCCCGCAGUCACCCACUGGCUUGGAUGGUGAACAGCUGGUGGUGCUGACGAAGAGCCCCUCCAGGCCAUACCAGCGCAUGAGCCUCAGCCUGCCCCUCAUCAACCGUGCCAGGAAGGUGGCGGUCCUGGUCAUGGGGAAGAUGAAGCGCGAGAUAACCAUGCUGGUGAGCCGCGUGGGCCACCAGCCCAAGAAGUGGCCCAUCUCGGGCGUCCUGCCUAGUUCUGGCCAGCUGGUUUGGUACAUGGACUAUGAGGCCUUCCUGGGAUGAGGUGUAUUUGCCCUGUGUUUCCUCCCCCGUCCUCUUCCCUAUCCUUCAGCCCCACCCCUGCCAAGGAUCCCAGGAUGCCCUGGCUCUUUGGAAUCUCAUGCCCAGGGUCAGGCCCCAGAGGGGGAAGGUCAAGGCUUGUUCCAAUUUCUUUCACUGCCAGCCCUGUUUAGGUGCGGUGGGCAGAUGCAGGAACAAGGAAGAAACGGAAUGUCUAUUCUUGAGAAACUUCAAAUGUAGGUCAAGAGAAACCAUAGAACAAGACCUACAUGUUAAUAUCAGCCAGCACAUCAUACGAUGGUGUGACAGUUCCCAAGUUCAGAAGAGGGAACGUGGUAGAUUGAGGUUAAUCAAAGUUUCCCUGGGAAGGUGAUCCUUGCUCUAGUUCCAGUGAAAGAAGAGCACGGAUGGAAAGGGAGAAGGGCACGGAGGCACCCAUGGGGAUACAGUGUCUUCGCAGCACAGGGGUGCUGGAAACCAUCCUGAAACCUUGAGCAGAGUGAGCCCCUGCUCCCUCCAGCUGUCCUUCCAGAGCCUCUGCACAUUCAACCUACCAUCUUCUCUUAGAGGCUGCUUCCAUCUGUUUCCUCUCUGGGUCUCUCUCCUCAGUCCUGACCGUGGAAGCCUUCUCUGUCCCUUCCCUGUUUCUCUGUUGUCCCUCAGACACCCCAUCUGUAGAGAGAGGAGAAGUGGUUAGAGGAAUGCAGUAACAAAAACUAGGAUGUGAAAAAGGUUCCAUAAAUCUUAAGGCUGUUGUUGGAGCUCCCUGUCUGAGCCUAUGAGCUGCCCUGCGUGGAGAGGUGGGGUCUCGUACCCCCAGCGUCCUCAGAGAGGAUCCCUGCCCUCCACCCGCACUCCUCUCUCACCAGUCUCCCUGCAUGAAACACUCGGGGUAUAGAUGAUCAGGCCAUUCCAGUGACCCUCAAUCUGAGAGAAUCAUUUAGAUCUUGGGGGACUCCCACUCUCAUUAGCUUCUCUCAUUUACUAGGAAGGAUCCAAUUAAAUCACUGAUGGUGACAACUCAUUUGUGGGGAGAAAGGUGAUGUCAGGUGGCACGAGGCCACCCAGGCGUCUGACCCCACCAGACAGGAGAGGCUUCUCUGAUAGGGUGACCCAUGCACAGGGAGCAGCGGCUGCCCACAGCCUCUCAGGGCCAGCGUGGCCUGUUCACAGUGCCCUGCGGGGUGGCGGCCGUCCUUCCCACUGCCUCUCUUCAGCCUCUAGCCUGUGGACUUCCUGUUCGCUGGUGUCUCCUGCCACUCUCACUGCUCACUUUCCCAGGGAUACUCUGCCUAAGACGUUGGUAAAUAAAUAGGUACCUCUCUGUAAGCAUGGUUGGGUCCUCUGGCCUUAAGAAACUGUGAGACAGUAACACCUUUGUUUUUGGAAACCCUUCGGUGUGGGAAAGGGACUCUGAAAUUCUUUAAAAAAAAAAAAAAAAAGAAAGGAAAAAAGAAAGAAAGAAAGAAAGAAAAAAGAAAUUCCCAGAACAUGUGUGUCAUUUCAACUCCCAAAGUUGCACCCCCUAGACAUGCCUGGAAGAUUACGGAGAUUUUUCUGUGACAUCUCCCCAUUUUCAGCCACAUUCUGUAUCAAAUACAAAGUUUCAAUAUGAUAUGCAAUUUUCCAGGAGAGCACUUGGUCAGGAGGAACAUUAUGAAAUUUAUUUGUCUACCUUUGAUUGUUUACGUUUUUUUCAAGGCUGCAGAUUUAAAAGAAUUCUUGCUUUUGUUUGA